UCUCUCCUUUGCUGACAGGCUGCAGACAAAAGUGCUGAGACCAGAGCUUUAGGGGAUCGCAGGACCAGUUGCAAAAGCUAGGUCAAUGCUUAAAGAAAGCAGCAAAAAAAUUUAUAGAAAAAAAUAGAUUGCCAGUUGAACAAAGGAUGAAUGCAGACCUGGAGGAAAAUCGGUGUUUGAGAAAGAUGAGCCGUGGUGCAUACCCUCUUCUUUUACUUGCAGUGCUAUUGAUUUGCCUGCCUCAUGUAAUUUUGGGUCAAAACUUGCAGGAACAGGAUGGUUUAUGCAAUGCAGAGGGAUGCUACUCGGUUCACUUCCAGCGCAAGACAUUCCGGGAGUCCUGGAGAAGUUGCAGGGAUAGAGGGGGCACUCUGGCUGUGGUGAAGCGAACAGAAGAAGCAGCGUUGAUCCAGGACCUGCUGAAUGCUGGGGAGCGCCACGGUCCUCGUCCCAAACUCAGGCUCUGGAUUGGUCUCCAGAGGCAGCCUCGACAGUGCUCAGCUACACGUUCUCUGAGGGGCUUCACGUGGAUCACAGGAGAUCAAGAAACGGAGUACACUAAUUGGCAACGUGAGGAAUUACCAGGUGCAUGUACUGCCCUUCGUUGUGUAGUCAUUACCUACAAUAUUACAGACAAGAGUAACAGUGACCAGAACAACUUUAAGUGGCUGGAUGGUUCAUGUAUGAUUGCUGUGGAUGGUUUCUUGUGUCAGUACACAUACCGGGGAAUGUGUCCAGCUCUGCAGAGUGAAGGAAAGGGACCAGCACGCUACACCACCCCUUUCAAUCUGCUAAGUACCUUGCUUUCCCACAUCCCCUUUGGAUCUGUGGCCACUCUACCUUGUCCAGACGUCACCGAGGGAGAUCAGUCAGUGCUCUGUAUGCUACACGAUGAUGGAAGAGUGGGAUGGUCGAAAGAUGCACCGCUUUGCUCUGAUGCUCCAAAGAACUUGUGUGAGCAGGACAAUGGAGGUUGUGAGCAGUUCUGUGUGGGAGCAGGUUCUUAUUAUCACUGUGAGUGCUCAGACGAGUUCAGGUUACGGGAAGAUGGGCAAACCUGCCAGCCCUUGGAUCCAUGUCAGAGUGCUAACUGUGAGUUUGACUGUGAGCCCAGUCCUGGGGGAUACCACUGCAAGUGUCCAGAGGGGUACCUCCUGUCACAGGAUGGUCUACAUUGCAUUGAUAUUGACGAGUGCUCACAAAACCCAUGUCCUCAGGUUUGCGUCAAUGCACCAGGAACGUUCGAGUGCCGCUGCAAUGAAGGCUAUCAGCUGUCUGAAUUUGGUGAGUGUUUGGAUGUGGAUGAAUGCAAUGAAGGCAAAUGCGACCACUCCUGUGAGAACUCCCCAGGAAGCUAUAUGUGUCUUUGCCAUGUAGGAUUCGCCGCAACAUCUGAUGAUCCAGAACGUUGUGAAGAUAUUAAUGAGUGCCAAUUCACUAGCACUUGUGAGCAGAUAUGUGACAAUUAUGAAGGCGGAUUUGAGUGUAGUUGUGAGGCAGGCUAUGAGUUGCAGCAGGAUGAGUAUUCUUGCUUGCUUAUUAAAGACACAGCUGAGCAUUACACAACUGCUGAGACUGUUCAUGCAACAAAACCUGUUUGGGAUGACUCUGGCAACACACAUGAAACCGUGACUGAUAAUAUUCCUCUGGAGUGGCAUACUGAACUUCCCACAGGGUUAGACUGGUUUACAGACAUACUACAGGAGAACUACAUUACCUCAUCAGUACCUAGCUGGACUGAGCAAACCCCGCAUUCCUCACCAUCAGAUUGGUUAAGAGAUGCUACAACAUCAAAUAUUCCAGUAAAUUCCAAUGCUAAGGAUAAAAUAAACAAGUUGAUGGAUGAGAGCAGAACAUUAUCAAAAGAUGAAAGCCAUCAACCUUCAACUUUUUCACCAAAAAGGAAAGGGGAUGCUGAUAGGAUCACUCCUGUGACGCAUCAAUUCCCUGAGGAUAGUUUGCCAUCUUCCUCCAGCCAAGAGCAGAAUCCAGGUGGCAAAAAGAAGCAUGACAGAAGCUGGUUGCUGGUAGCGCUACUAGUUCCUCUCUGUGUGUUUAUCGUAGUCAUGCUAGCACUGGGCAUUGUCUACUGUACAAGCUGUGCUGUUGAGCCACGCGACAAAAACGUAUCAGACUGUUACAGCUGGACCACCAACUCUAAACCUGCUGAAUCAAAUGAUGCAAAAUCUCAGGCUUGAGUAUUCUGCACAGUACAACUGCCCCAAACAUGUCUGACUGUUUCUCAUUAGGUCAUUUCGGUAAUAUGUGCCAUUCUAAGAAUUCCAGGUUUGGACUGUUUUGAGAAAGACAUCAGAAAUCUGUUUUGAAAUGUGGAAACAAAUAAGAAAUCUCAAUGCAGUCACAUUUUUUAUUUGUAUUUCACUGUACAAUUAGAGACUCCAAAGGAAUUAGUGCUGUGUUGUUUAUACAUCCUGGUGCUACACAAAUCUCGUUUGUAGAUUUGACUGUGCUUUUUUUUUUUUUACCAUAACCUUUUUUCCCUAUCAAAAAAUAUUGCUUAUGUUCAUGGUGUCCAACAUUUUGUAAUAUAUGUACAUUCAGUGGCAUGUAUUUUGAUUUUAAGUGUUUGAUUAUUAUAUACAUUUUUUAUCAAUUACAAGCAGUGAAAUAUUUCAUUCGGUUCAAAUUAUUGUAAAGCAGUGUAUUGCAGAACAUAGUAUAUUGUACAGUUUGUCUGUGUGAAUUGGCUGUUUUUAAUCUGACAUGCGAUUCAUUUGUUUAUUUUUUAUUUUUUUGCAAUAAAAUCAAGUGUAAAGA